AUGGACGAUGCAGAAAAACAUCAAUGCAAAAUAGUGAUUGAUGAGAAGCUCGUUCGAACAGGAGAAAAGGACAAACUUAAAGAGUAUCUAAGACUACGGCUUGUAGAAAGUGGCUGGAGAGAUAAAUUGAAAGCACAUUGUAAAGAAGUGGUAAAAGCAAAGGGAACAAGUAACGCAUCUAUAGAUGAGCUCAUCAAGGAGAUCACACCGCAAGCACGAGCAAUGGUACCAGAAAACAUCAAAGCAGAGCUACAUUCGCGUAUUCGAAGAUUCUUGAAUGAAAGCGAGACGUGA